ACACUGUAGGCCGCCGUACAUUUUUGUUCCGUUCAGAGUCUACGGGAGAUAAUCGGUGAGUGUGCGCGGCGUAUUACUCGACCGAAAUUUAUUGGAAAAAGGGUAUUGCAUAUACACACACGGGCACGUAUGAUUUUCUAGUGUUGUUAUUAUUUUUCGUAUACGAAUUACGAGUGCUGUGCGCGGUCUGCCGUGUGCGUGUACGCGAUUAUUGUUGUGCCGUGCGUUGCGAUAAUAUUUUCCUCGUCCGCUCGGCGUACCUCGGCCGAAUCGAAUUACUGUAGAUUUCGUUUUCUCCGUUCGUGGCGUCCGUGUGCCGCCGCCGAUACCCCGGGAAUAGGAUAUUCGUCCGAGAGGUGCGUCGUAACCUUUUGCCGUCCUAACCUCGUUUCGCGUUUCUCGCCCGCCGUUUGUCGUCGUCGUUGUUGUGGUCGUCGUCGUUUGUUUCCCGUUGUCGAACCGCCGCCGCGCACACGCAGUGCCAACGAACGGGCCAUGUCCGAUGCCGGUGCGGACACCGACGUGCACGGACGCAGUGGACACGUCGUGUGGUAAUUAUGUACGCUGCGCCAUUGCUAUGUUUAAUAUUCGGUUUGCCGAGUGCGAACGGCGCGGGCAUAACGUAGAUGACUCGUGUUACUAUGUACUACGCUGUCGUUGACGGGUGGCGGUGGCGGGGUGUUGGCAAACGUUCUGCUGCCUGUAACGUCGUCUAACAUGGCUGCUACGCACGCGGAAAACCAGCCGGGCGGCGACGUGAACAAUCGCGACCAAGAUAGGCCGCUGGAUGUGCCCGGUUUCCAGAACGGCAGCCACGAACGCAGGGCGCCAAUGAGUGGCAGCAGCCUGCUGGCGCCUGAAUCGCCGAAAGGUAAGCAGCAGCAGCAGGUGCCGACCAACCACCAUAACUACGACGGCAUGAGCAGUGGAAACGGUGGUGGACAGCUGUACGGCCGGCCGGAGCACGGUGACCAGCCGACCGGUGACGGUGACAUGCCAAAAACUAAUAAUUUCGAACAAACGCCGCCUGACAAGGAUGGCUAUCCGCCGCCUCCUCCUGGUGGCUAUCGCAACAGUUUUGGUCACCAUCAACCACCUCCAGAACAGCACCAUGCCAAUAGCAAUGCUGAGCCCAACAGUUUUGGCCAGUUCAGGCAUGCUUACCCCAAACCGAUGAUGCGGGUGCCAGGACCGCCAGGAGCUAUGUUUCCCCAGCGGCAGUACUUGUCUGGUCAGAGUAUAUCUCAACCGACUGGACCAACACCCACGCUCAACCAGCUGCUGCAGUCAUCGAAUCCGGCGACACGUUAUCAGAAUAAUUACGGCAAUGAGUAUCCCAAACCUGAUGGUUCUCAACCGCCACCGGUUCAAAAUCAACAACAGCAACAUUACAACCAAAAUUGGCCACCGCCAAGACACAACAUGCCACCUUUCCCUCCUCAACAUGGCAUGCCUUAUAGGAAUAUGCCACCAUCGGCGAAUCCCAGAGGACCGACCCCUCCACCAUCGCCUGGUCACCAGGCUCAUUAUCCACCACCGCCGUCUUCGCCCACCGGAUACCAGCAGCACCAUCGAGUACCACCACUACAUCAUCAGUAUCCUCCCGGGCCACCGUCACAGCAGCAGCAGCAGCAAUCGCAGCAACCGCCGCCUCAUCAACAGGUACCUUAUGGCAGCUACCCGAACCAGCAACCGCCGGUUGAUCGUCAGCAGCAGCAGCAGCAACAACAACAACCGCAGCAGCAGCAGCAACAACAACCGCAGCAGCAGCCCCAACUUCCUCCACAACCGCCUCAACAACCUCACGCUGGUCUGGGACAGACGACGUCGUCGCCGGCGUCGGCGAGCCCGCCCGCUUUGCCACCCGUGUCGCAGGGCCAAAAUGCCCAGCAACACUCGUCGCCGACGCCGCCGCCACAGCCUCAGCAGCAACCACCUCACCAGUCACCGCCGCAGGUUCAUCCGGAUUUGACAAGUCAAAAUAGUAAUGACAGCAAUUGUGGUGCCGGUGCUGGCAAUGGUGGCACUCCUUUGCGGCCAUCGCCGUCUCCAACAGGAUCUACUGGUUCUCGUUCCAUGUCGCCCGCGGUCACUGCACCGCCGGGUGGAGGACCACCUCAACAACAGCAACAGAACAUUCCAAUGCCGCCUAGGCCACCAAGCAGCCAACAGCAGCCUGACCAAGGGCAAGCAACUCAAAAUAAUAGAAUGAGUCAUUCGCCUAUGGGGCCACAACAAGGAUAUCAACAACAACCAUCCCCUCAACCACCAGGUGGAAUGCCUCAUAUGACAGGUCCUUCAUCCGGGGCGCCAGGAAAUCCUUACAAAAUGCCCGGACCAAAUCCUUAUGGCCCCCCUCCACCUGUAUCUUCACAUGGUGGUUAUCCUGCACAACAGCCUGUUCCGCCUAUGGGAUCUUACCCUCAACAACCUCCAGGUAAUUAUGGUGCUAGACCUCCUGGCUUACCUUAUCAAGGGUAUCCGCCACCUAAUAGUAAUGGUCCUCCACAACAAUACUCUCCUAGAGGUAUGCCGAUGCAUCAUGGACCGCCUCAUCAAUUUCCUCCUUAUCAAGGAUGGCCUGGUAGUGGUCCACCACAAGCACCACCUCCAUUAAAUAAUAGUCACCAUAGUGGUCCUGUUCAACCACCUACACCUACCAAAGUACCUCCCCCGUCAUCUUCCCCACAGCAGCAGCAGCAGCAGCAGCAGCAACAACAACAACAGCAACAGCAACAACAACAACAACAAUCACCACAAACACAGUCUCAGCAACACCAACAACCACCAAUUCAGCACCCUCCCCCUGCACAAUCCCCAUUACACCAUCACCAUCCUCAUCACCCACCCCCUCCAGGACCCCACAUGCAUCCACAUGCUCAUCAAAUGCAUCCAAUGCAGCAAGGCACUUCUCCUGGACCACCGCCACCUGUCUCACCUGGUCCCAGGCCUCAUACACCACCUCAUCCACACUACCUCAAGCAACACUUACAGCAACAACACAAAGGUCCUGGAGGCUAUCAGACAUCAGGCCCAAUCCCACCUAAUUCUGGACCAGGAAAUUAUUUAAAUUCCAUGCCUCCUCAUAGUAUGGGUCCACCAGCACCAGUUCAAUCUAAUACUGGUCCUCCAAUGGCACCACCAAAUUCUUCAAUGAUGUCAGUUGAUCAUGAAGUUUCACAACAACAGCAAAGUCUUAGUGGUGUUGUAACUUCUGUCGUUACCACUGGACCUGAUGGUACUGCUAUUGAUGAUGCAAGUCAGCAAUCGACUCUAUCAAAUGCCUCAGCUGCCUCUGGUGAUGACUCAAACUGUACAACACCUAAAAGAAAAGAAAACAUGAGUGGUAGCAUGAUGUACCAACAAGGAAUGGGUGGUAUAAUGGGACCGCCAUGUUCACCUGCCCAUGAUGAGUAUUCAAAUCCAGAUCCAAUGGCACCUGCUUGGCCCAGAGGACCUCCAUCACAUAACCCAGUAUUUAAUAGCCACAUAGCUCCUCAAAACGAACAUGUAUAUCGACCAAAGAAACACGAUAGCUUGAGUAAACUAUAUGAAAUGGAUGAUAAUCCAGAACGACGCAUUUGGUUGGAUAAAUUGCUACAUUUUAUGGAAGAAAGAGGAUCACCAAUCUCUACAUGUCCUACUAUCUCCAAAAACCCUCUUGAUUUGUUCCGCUUGUAUAUAUAUGUUAAAGAGCGAGGGGGUUUUAUGGAGGUAUGCAAGGUAACAAAAAAUAAAAUAUGGAAGGAUGUAGCUGGUUUGUUGGGUAUUGGUGCAUCAUCAAGUGCGGCUUACACUCUAAGAAAACACUACACUAAAAAUUUGUUACCUUAUGAAUGUCACUUUGAUCGUGGAGGCAUAGAUCCUGUACCUAUAAUCAAUCAAGUUGAAUCUUCUUCAAAGAAAAAAAGUUCUAAAGCAACAUCUGUGCCUUCUCCUGGUUCUGCAGGAUCUAAUUCACAAGACUCAUUACCAUCUGCACCAACUGCUCCAGGACCAGGUCAUGUAGAUGGAUAUCCAGGAUAUGGAGGUUAUAGUGGUCCACAAGAUUAUAAUUCACCUCAAAGACCUCCACACCCACCUCACGGAACACAAGGAAGUUACCAAGGACAAGGUGGAUACAAUCAACAGUAUCCAGGCAGCAAUGAACAGUAUGGACAACAUUAUCCACCUGCUAGUACUCCGGUUGGUUACCCGAGUGGCCCAGUGAGACCACCUUUAUAUCCACCUUAUUCAAAUGAUGCUGACAGAAAUUAUGGUGGUUCAGUUCCUCCUCCACAAGGCCCACCAAAUACUCCUCAGGGCCCUGGCAAUGGUCAAGACCCAUAUGGACGUGGACCAGUUCCACCACCAUCUGGCUACCAACAACCCCCCAGGUUUCCUGGACCCCCACCUCCACAGAAUUCUUCACCUGCUACAGUAAACCAAACACAAGGGGGAUCAGUUUCUACCCCGGGUUAUCCACCUGGUCAACAACCUCAACCAGAUUAUUAUCGACAAGAACCUCCUGCGAGUCCAGGAUAUCCUCCUACUAGUGCUCCGGGUACUUAUCCAGGGAAAGGAAUGCCACCACCACAGCCACGUCGUCAUCCUGAUUUUGCUAAAGAUCAACAAGCUGGGCCUCCUCAACCAGCUAGUUAUCCUGGUUAUGGUCCUCAGCAGCGACCUAUGUAUCCAGGAUGGACAGGUACACCAAAUGCUGCCUCUAAUCAAUAUCCCCGACCUGGGUAUCCACCUGGAUCUCAACCACCACAGAAUUGGUCACAGGGUCCACCGCGUUCUAUGCCUCCAUCACAUCCAGGACAACCACCCCAAUGGGAACAGCAUAGAUAUCCGCCACAAGGACAACCUUACGGUGCACAACAAAAUCAUUGGGGUCCAAUGGCGCAAGCACAAAUGAGAAUGCCAAGACAUGGAUAUCGACCUGAUGGGAAUAAACCGUAUGGACCACAUGGUCCAAUGGCUCCACCACCACAUAUGAAGCCUGGAAUGCCAGGGCAACCAAUGUUCCAAGGCAGUAGCUUAAUGAAGCGAGAAGUAAUUUUCCCCCCUGAUAGCAUAGAAGCCGUAACACCAAUCCUUUAUAAGCGGCGCCGAAUGAUGCGACAUGAUGUUGCUCCCGUGGAUGCAUGGCGAUUGAUGAUGUCUUUACGUUCAGGUCUUUUAGCAGAGUCUACUUGGGCCUUGGAUGUGCUCAAUAUAUUGCUGUUUGAUGAUGUGUCUAUACCCUUUUUUGGACUAACACACAUGCCUGGAUUAUUAGAUGUACUCUUAGAACAUUUUCGGCAGUCGUUGGUUGAUAUGCUAGAAACUGAUAUAAAAUCAUAUUGCUGGUAUGAAAAGUCUAAAGUGAUAGAAGAAAUACCAGAUGUUGGUGCUGUAGAUAAUGUAAAUCCAAAUGAAAAAGCAUAUUUUGCUGAUCCUAACUUCCCCAAUCAACGACCAAUUAAGAGUUCUGCAAUUAUUGAUGGAUCUAAAGAAUUAUUUAUUAAAAAUGGCAAGAGAUCAUGGGACGUAAUUGAUAAUUAUGACAUGGGAUAUAACAUUGCUGAAACAGAUACAAGUUUUCUUGUGCCUUGUUUUCGUUCAGAGUUUGGUCUUGUGCCAUUUGUCAAACUAUUGAAGAGUGAUAAACCUAAAGCAGAAAUAUUAGAUGAUAAGACAUGUAUAAAAAAAUUAGAUGAUAAGGAGUUAGUACAAAACAGUAUUGACAAUAUUGUAAAUAUGAAAAAUAUUAAUGUGCGUGAUCCAAUGGGUGUACUGAAGCGUAAGAGCAUAACAGACUACGAAGAUGAAAGUUAUUCUAAAGACGAGUCAAGCUUAUCAUUAAUUAGCGAAAGCCAAGAUUCCAUUGGUAAACGAUGUGUGUGCAUAUCGAAUAUCUUACGAAAUCUUUCAUUUGUUCCUGGCAAUGAAUUAGAGUUUGCAAAAAGUGGCCCAUUUUUAGGUUUGGUUGGCAAACUAUUAUUAACUCACCACGAACAUCCACUACGCUCAUCUAAAACUAGGAAUUAUGAUAAAGCUGAUGAUGACACGGAAACUUUAUUCAAUUGCACUACAACAACAGAUGCCGAUACAAUUGAGCCAGGCAAUGAUGCCAAGUGGUGGUGGGAUUAUUUAGACGUUGUCAGGGAAAAUUUGCUUGUUUCUUUGGCUAACAUUGCUGGUUAUGUUGAUUUGAGCACGUUCAAUGAAGAUAUUUCACGUCCCAUUUUAGACGGUUUGCUACAUUGGGCUAUAUGUCCGGCAGCUGCAGGCCAAGAUCCAUUUCCUUCAGCACCGCUCUCACCUCAGCGACUAGCAUUAGAAUGUCUGUGCAAGUUAUGUGUUACCGAUAAUAAUGUAGAUCUGGUCAUCGCUACCCCACCUUAUUCACGACUGGAAAAAUUGGCCAAUGUCCUUACUCGGUUAUUAUGCAGGACCGAAGAACAAGUACUCAGAGAAUUUGCAGUCAAUUUGUUACACUACUUAGCAGCUGCAGACAGUGGUAUGGCACGUACGAUAGCGCUUCAAAGCCCAUGUGUUUCAUUACUGGUAGCAUUUAUUGAACAGACUGAACAGAAUGCUCUGAGUGUGGUAAACACUCAUGGGCUGAAUGCACUCCGCGAUAAUCCCGAUUCGAUGGGAACAAGCUUAGACAUGUUGAGGAGAGCAGCACGCAUAUUGUUGCUGCUAUCUAGACACCCGGACAACAGACCGUUGUUCUUGCAACAAGAGCAGAGGUUAUUGUCAUUAGUCAUGAGCCAAAUACUCGAUCAGCAAGUGGCGGCUCUCAUAUCGCGAGUCCUAUUCCAAUGUUCCAGAAAUACGCCGUCUCCUCUCGCCCAAUAACGAUACGAAUGCAAUUUUUAUUCUUCCAGUUUAACUCUUUCAUUUAAAGUUGUAUAACGGUUUUUUUUUCACUUACUGCAAAUUAAUUUUGUUUAUGUUUAUUUAUUUAUAAUUGAAUUGAUUAAAAUAGUUUACUAUUUUACGCAAACAAAUUUCCGGAAUCUUUUGUUUUGAAUCAGUUGGACAAAAACAAAAAAAAAACUAAGAAAUUUAAAAAUUAUAUAUAUAAAAAUUUAAAUCCUUA